AUGGAAGACGCGGUCGAUGUCUCAGCAGCCUUGCAGACACUCGCAGAGCAAGUCCGUACGCGCCGCAUCGAUCAAGAUGGUCAAGAGGAAGCCUAUGCCAAGGUUGCUGUGCUUCUCACCUUGCUACGCCGCUGUAAUCGCCAAGCACACCUCGAUGCGCGCACUAUGAAGCAACAGACAGCGGCGCACAAGUCGCGGCUUGAUCAGCUUCAGCUAGACUUGCAAGGUCUCUACUACCAGCAACGACACCUGAGGCAAGCUGUUGCGCGGUGUAAAGAAGCGCCGCAUAGCUAUGCUGAGAUUCAGUGCCAGUCGGACGAUAUCUUGUUUGCUGCUCAGCCGGCAUUGGCAGAAUUAGAUCAACAAUCAAGAGAGGUGAUGGAGGCGAGGCUGCGAUUCGAGCUAGAGACGCGUGCUGCAUUGGAAGGAGAGCGGAAGGAACUGGGCGUGCAGAAACAGGCACUCAUGACGGAGAAUAGGCAGCGAAGACAAGAUCUUGCCGCGUUGGAGAGACAGCUGGAUGCAUUUGUUGAGAGUGCAGAGACGCUGUCCCAGACGCUGCAGAAGGAGUAG